UCGCCGGCCGGGCACGCGCUGGGCCAGCAGCGCCCCCUCUGGCCGCGUCCGGCUCCGCCAUGGACCACCAGGAGCCCUACUCGGUGCAGGCCACUGCGGCUAUCGCGGCGGUCAUCACCUUCCUCAUCCUUUUCACCAUCUUCGGCAACGCUCUGGUCAUCUUGGCUGUGCUGACAAGCCGCUCGCUGCGCGCCCCUCAGAACCUGUUCCUAGUGUCGCUGGCUGCCGCCGACAUCCUGGUUGCCACGCUCAUUAUCCCUUUCUCGCUGGCCAACGAGCUGCUGGGCUACUGGUACUUCUGGCGCACCUGGUGCGAGGUGUACCUGGCGCUCGACGUGCUCUUCUGCACCUCCUCCAUCGUACACCUGUGUGCCAUCAGCCUGGACCGCUACUGGGCCGUGAGCCGCGCGCUGGAGUACAACUCCAAGCGCACCCCGCGCCGCAUCAAAUGCAUCAUUCUAACCGUGUGGCUCAUCGCAGCCGUCAUCUCGCUGCCGCCCCUCAUCUACAAGGGCGACCAGGCUCCCCAGCCCCGCGGGCGCCCUCAGUGCAAGCUCAACCAAGAGGCCUGGUACAUCCUGGCCUCCAGCAUUGGAUCUUUCUUUGCACCCUGCCUUAUCAUGAUCCUUGUCUACCUGCGCAUCUACCUGAUCGCCAAGCGCAGCCACCGCAGAGGCCCCAGGGCCAAGCGGGGCCCCGGGGAGGGUAAGCAGCCCCGCCCUGCCCCUGGGGAAGUUUCAGCCUCAGCCACAUUGCCCACUCGUGCCCCUCAACUGGCUGCUGCUGGAGAGGCCAACGGAUGCUCCCAGCCCACUGGGGAGAAGGAUGAGGGGGAGACCCCUGAAGACUCUGGGACCCCCGCCUUGCCACCCAGCUGGCCCGCCCUUCCCAGCUCAGGCCAGGGUCAGAAGGAAGGUGUUUGUGGGACAUCUCCAGAGGAGGAGGCUGAAGAGGAGGAGGAGGAGGAGGAGGAGGAGGGGUGUGAGCCGCGGGCCUUGCCAGCGUCUCCCGCCUCAGCGUGCAGCCCAUCUCUGCAGCAGCCGCAGGCUUCCCGGGUGCUGGCGACCCUACGUGGCCAGGUGCUCCUGGGCAGGGGCGAGGGCACUGCGGCGGGGCAGUGGUGGCGGCGUCGGACACAGCUGACCCGGGAGAAGCGGUUCACGUUUGUGCUGGCCGUGGUCAUCGGCGUCUUCGUGCUCUGCUGGUUCCCCUUCUUCUUCAGCUACAGCCUGGGUGCCAUCUGCCCUCAGCACUGCAAGGUGCCCCACGGCCUCUUCCAGUUCUUCUUCUGGAUCGGCUACUGCAACAGCUCGCUGAACCCGGUCAUCUACACCAUCUUCAACCAGGACUUUCGUCGUGCCUUCCGAAGGAUCCUUUGCCGCCAGUGGACCCAGACGGCCUGGAAGCAGCUCCCCACCCUGCACCCUGGAACCCCCUCCACCCACCAGGCUUCCUCCUCUGCUGGCACUUAUGGUCUCCAUCCCCUUCCCACCGGAGGCUCAAGUAAUGACACUCAGCCACCUCCCUGAAGGGCCAUCUUGAAAGACAUUCC